AGGAAAUCUCACAUAUGAAGUUGUAAGAUUUAUUAGUAUUUUAGCUUCGACUAUCUAUACGCAAAGUGGCUGACUGUGACAACUAAGUUAGCCAAUAUGUUUGCAGAAAUCUUAGCCAAACACCCCAUAGUUGAGCCAAAAUCGAACCGAUCGGUUGCUCAUUGCCAGCAAACUUUAUUUCAGCUUCGAGUUGCCAAUGUAGACUUGUCUUCCACUCUUCCCUCCUCACCUCUCAGUCUUCCUCUUCUCCCCGCCACCACACCGCCUUUCCCCACUGAAUUUCUCCAAAUCCUUCUGUCGCGACACCGAUUCUUGAAAGAGAAAUCAACACUCGCAACCAUGGCGCCAGUAAUGCUGAAGACAGUCGAUGAUGACAUCCGCGACGUCAUCCAGCACCUCUUCGAGAUCCAGUCGGCCGUUCACGGCUAUCUAGGCCCCGAGACACAGCAAGAGCUGCAAAAACCUCACGCUCUCCCUCUCAACCCUAUCAACACACACUACUCUCCCCCCAACGCCGCCGAAACCGCCACCCCAAACACAACCGACCCAUCCAACCCCCCACUCGCCAGCAUCCAGCUCCCACCAGAGAUAAUCGAGUACGUCGACGCGGCACGCAACCCGGACAUCUACACGCGCGAGUUUGUGGAGCUGGUGCAACGCGGGAAUCAGGAUCUCAAGGGGAAACGCGAGGCGUUCGCCGAUUUCCAGGAUGUGUUGGCAAGGGAGAUGCGCAGUGCUAUGCCUGAGUGUCGGGGGGAGGUGGAUCGGGUGGUUGCUAUGACGGGGGGAAGGGCUCAGGGCCAGGCUGGGGAUGAAGAUCGGGCGGAUGGAGCCGCGAAGUGAGGAUCUUUUGCUUUUUUGGAUCUUCGGUGCUCCUGGCCUGGCCGAGGGUGGUUGUGGUGGUGAUUGCUACGGACUUUGGCCAGCGCUUGUGAUGGAGACGUCGUCGCCGCGGGAUGUCAAUUGAUCGCGGUGUGCUGCACUUUGACUCUGGUAUGGAAGUCCAAUUCCCGCCUUAGGGUGCACUGGAUCUGGCCCCCUUUUCGCCCAUGUCGAAUGCGUGGGUUAUUUCGAGGCCGGCCACGAUGGCUGGACUGGGCGAUGCUGGUCCCUGGCCUGCAGGGAUUUUUUCCCGGGCUCGUUCAUAACGAGGACGGCGUUCCUGCUGGGCCGUGCAAUUGGAGAGAUUAGGUUCCUACCGGGGCGUUGCGGGACUCGAGGGCCGGUGGAAUAGGGCCAGGGGACUUGAGUGAUUUUUGUGAUACUUUUUUUCUUUCUGGAUUCCGGAAUUUAUUGCAAGCGAGGCGCCAUGGCGUUUACGGAUUUCAUUUACUUGGUUGAAUUGAAUGUAGUGGACUAGAAUAGGCACAUAAACAUAUUGGUUGCAUUUUA